AUCUUUAAGAAAGCGUUUUCGCAGCUCAUAAGUCCCUGCACCGUGCACCCAGCCCCUCUCUCUCUCAUUGAAGCUAGACAAGAUAAUAAGAAAUGACUUGUGGUUAGGUUAUAUAGUUAGAAGAGAAGAGAAAAGAAAAGAAAAGAAAAAUCAUGGCAAGCAGCAGCCUUAGAAAUGCAAAGAUCAAGACAAAUAGUUGCAAACGAAUAGUGAAGGAACUGCGUUCUUAUGAGAAAGAGGUUGAGAGAGAAGUGGCUAAAACAGCUGAGAUGAAGGACAAUGGAGCUGACCCUUAUGACCUUAAGCAACAGGAAAAUGUGCUGGCUGAGUCGAGGAUGAUGAUUCCAGAUUGUCGUAAACGCCUAGAGGCUGCCUUGGCUGACCUCAAAGCAAUUUUGGCUGAAUUGGAAGAAUCUGAUCAGAAGGAAGGCCCAGAAAUUGAGGAUGCCAGAAACACUAUUGCCGAGGUUGAACAGUUGUUUCAAACAACUGAUGCUUAGUGUCUAUUGAAUGUAGAGAGCUUGACAUUAAUGGUAUGAAUUUGCAUGGUUUGUUUCCCUGAGCAUGUACUGCUGCUACCUUGAUGGGUGUUGGAAUUUGUUUUCUGCAAACCUAAUCUCUUGCUGGAAUAUGCUUGUUGAAGAAUGUUAUUACAAGAAAUUUGUGUCAUUACUAGUUCAGUAUAACAACCUUUUACUUAUAGGUAAUACAAUUGCAA